GAGAGGCGAGAGAGAGAAAAGAAGAGAGAUGGAGUGGUGGGAGUUUCUGGUGACGGUAGCGGCGGCGGUGGCGGGGAUUUUGGCGGUGAGCGGCGGGGCAAGGAGGGUGCAGGAGUGGGUGUACGAAUGGGGGCUCGGAGAGAAGAGGAAGAAGUUGCCGCCGGGGGACUUCGGGUGGCCGCUUCUCGGCAACAUGGUUGCUUUCCUCCGCGCCUUCAAAUCCAACGAUCCCGAUUCCUUCAUCAACUCCUACAUCCAACGGUUUAAACGUGUUGGGAUAUACAAGGCCUGCAUGUUUGGGACCCCAACAAUCAUGGUCACAACGCCUGAAAACUGCAAGCAAGUUUUAAUGGAUGAUGAGCACUUUGUGCCUGGUUGGCCUAAAGCCACUUGUGAGCUCGUUGGGAAGAGAUCAUUUCUAUUCAUUAUCAAUGAAGAACACAAGCGGCUAAGGAAACUGACAUCAGCUCCAAUUAAUGGUUAUGAAGCACUUACUACAUAUUUAGGGUUCAUUGAGGAAACUGUUGUAUCAACUCUAGAGAAGUGGGCAGGGAUGGGAGAAAUUGAGUUCCUUACAGAACUGCGGAGGAUGACAUUUAAAAUAAUCAUGAAAAUAUUUCUAAGCUCAGAAAGUGACAGUGUAGCGCGGUCCUUGGAAAAAGUAUACACUGAUCUGAAUUAUGGAAUGAGAGCAAUGGCCAUUAACUUUCCUGGAUUUGCUUUCCACAGAGCACUUAAGGCUCGGAAAAAGUUGGUGGCAGUUCUGCAAGCUGUCCUUGAUGAAAGGGCAGCAAGGGCAAAAAAUCCACAUCCAGCAAAUAAGGACAUGAUGGAUCGUCUGAUGGAAGCUGAAGAUGAAAAAGGCAGUAGGUUAAGCAAUGAGGAGAUUAUUGACAUAAUGAUCAUGUAUCUCAAUGCUGGUCAUGAAUCUUCUGGCCAUAUCACCAUGUGGGUAACUGUGUUACUCCAAGAACAUCCUGAAAUUUUCCAGAAAGCUAAGGCAGAACAAGAGGAGAUCAGAAGAAGCCUACCACCCAUGCAGAAGAGACUUACACUAAAGGAGUUCAGAAAAAUGGAGUAUCUUUCAAAGGUUAUUGAUGAGACCCUACGUAUGGUUAACAUCUCAUUUGUUGCUUUCCGACAAGCAACCGAUGAUGUCUAUGUCAAUGGUUAUCUUAUUCCUAAGGGUUGGAAAGUUCAGACUUGGUACAGAACUGUUCACAUGGAUCCUGAAGUUUACCCUGACCCUAAGAAUUUCAAUCCAAGCAGAUGGGAUGGUAUUACACCCAAGCCAGGAACUUUCCUUCCCUUUGGAGGAGGAAGCAGGUUGUGCCCCGGAAAUGAGCUGGCCAAAUUAGAGAUCUCUGUUUUCCUGCACCAUUUUCUCCUUGGUUAUCAGCUCAAAAGACGGAACCCAAAAUGUCCAAUAAGAUACUUACCUCAUCCACGGCCAAUGGACAAUUGUCUGGCAAAAAUCACAAAGAUCUCAGCAACAUGAAUGGAAACAGAAUAGAGAUGUGAGAAAAGCAUGGUGUUAUGGUCAAUAAUUAUAAUAAAAUUAUGUAUCAGAGUGGCUGAACUUGUCGUCCAAAUUUUAUCUGCUGAUAUGUAAACAUAGGUUCAUUUUGGCACACCAUAAAGAACAUACUUUUAUGCCAAGUGAGGAUAUUCACCAAUGUGAUGAAUCUUCUUAUAUUUCUGAUGAUGGCA